CAAAAAAUGAUGACGAAGAAAAAGAACAGGAAUGAGAAGACGGCAAAAAAAAAAGGAAGAAAGGGAAACCAGACGGAGAAGAGGAGGCAGAGAGGUUGGAGACAGCCAGUCAGAAGCUACCAGCGCAGUAGCCUUACCCCCGGCCUGGCCCUGCUCGCCUUACCUUACCUAACCUCUCCCACCUCCUCCACCACCAACUUAUCUCUUUUUUUUUUUAAACCUAUUUGCACCUACACCUAGCAACAGGCAAGUGGCACACGUACGUCUCUCCUCCUCCUCCUGCUUCUCCUCUCCUUCGUGCUGCAAUUCUUCUGCCGGUUAUUACACCCGCAAUUCUAUCGCCGCCUCUGUUGUGAACUCAUUUGGUCCUACUCUUGCCCGUCGUCUGUUUGCCCUAUCCACUUACCCGUAUUGGGUGCCGCUCCUCAUGCCCACCUCCCCUCCUCGGGUAUCCCAGGCAGCUUCGUGAGAGAGGGCGAUCCGUUUUCGCGAGAGCUCCUCUUUGGAUACAUCCCAUUCAUGUGCGGGUCCCUCCUCGUGCACCCGCCACAAUUCCUGAACCUCCCGUGGUGUACAAGUAGAUAGGCGCAUGGACGAUCUAGACUCCAGAGAUGCCGUGCUUGACGAAGCCCCCGUGGCUGACGAUUCUUCCUCCUUCCUCUCGUCCCGCGGCCUCGAAGCCUUUACUAGAAAAGUCACCACCACGGCCAGCCACCUAGUAGGACCCAACGGCAUCGACCCGGCCGGGAACCACUACCACAAUGCCAUGGCCCAAGUACACAAGCAUCUGAAGAGACCAGCUAUCCAGCAGGGCAUGUUCACCAUGGCUCGCACCACGCCUACCGACUUGGUCCGCUCCAAGUUCUCGACCACCGAAAUCCGGUCCCGAGCCCUGUCGUACGUACCGGACGAGAUGCUCAAGAACAUACCCGAGAACGAUAACGCAUAUUCCCUCUUCCAAGGCUUCAAAGCCACCUACCCCGAGCUGGAAAACGGCGUCUCGAGACAUCGGCGGGUGUCUAGAGGGCGGAAAAUGCUCGACGAGAUCCCGUCGAGUUCCGACAGCCCCCAUCAUCUCCACAAGCUUAAAAAAGAGCGAUCCUCGCUCAUGCACGAGCUGGAAAUGCUCGGCAUCCGAAAAAACCUGGCCAGCAGCGAGAUCCGCGAGAUCGAUAACAAAAUUGCUAACCUGAGCGGCAUGAGACGCAUCAUACUGGAUAGGCUGGCGGGCUUGGAGCAGGAAGAAGCCCUAUUAGAACACGAUAUUGUGGAGAUGGAGGGCCGGAUAGAUGAUGCCCAAGACCUCGUCGACGAGGCCGAAUCGAUAGCUGCUGCCCUCGAUACCCCUUUGAAAUCGGACGACGACGACGACUUGGUGACGGAUCGCGAUGCCGACGAAUUCAUGUCCAAAUCCGUGUAUGAGAAGCUCCCUUCGGCGUCGGGCGCGCAUUCGAAGCGGGGAAGACACAAGACCACCAAGCAUCGAAAAUCGAUGCCGGUGUUGCACGAGCAUUUCGAACCGGGCUACAUGAUACGGGAGAUCAAGACUCACACCGACAUGAUCACGGCCGUAGACUUCGACGUGCCUUUCGGCACCAUGGUGUCCGCCUCCUUGGACGACACGGUCAAGGUAUGGGACCUGAAUGCGGGGCGUUGCAUCGGUCUGCUCGAGGGUCACACGGCCUCGGUCCGCGCCUUGCAAGUGGAAGAUAAUAUCCUCGCUACCGGCUCUAUGGAUGCGACCGUCCGGCUAUGGGACCUGAGCAAGGCCCAUUACGACCCGCAAGGUAGUCAAUUCGGAAGAAGCGACGAGGAGGACGACGGCAUGGCCUUCGAGAACCCCAACGACCAACCCGUAGACCCCCCCGAGGAUAGCAUGGCGGACUGUCCGAUUUUUACGCUGGAAUCCCACAUGGGCGAGAUAACGGCUCUGCACUUCCGCGGCGACGUUCUCGUCUCGGGCUCAGCCGACAAGACGCUCCGGCAGUGGGAUCUCGUGAAAGGACGGUGCGUUCAGACGUUGGACGUGAUGUGGGCGGCGGCGCAGGCCUCCGUCUCCAUCGGCACCGGCGAGGGGACGUGGCGGCAAACGAACCGGCCGACGGCGGCCACGGCCGAUUUCGUGGGCUCGUUGCAAGUUUUCGAGUCCGCGCUCGCCUGCGGCACCGCUGACGGCAUGGUAAGACUUUGGGAUCUGCGGAGUGGCCAGGUCCACCGCAGCCUGGUUGGGCACACCGGACCGGUUACGUGCCUGCAGUUCGACGAUGUCCAUCUCGUGACGGGAAGCUUAGAUCGGAGUAUUAGGAUAUGGGACCUGCGCACGGGAUCUAUAUUUGACGCCUUCGCCUAUGACCACCCCGUUACGAGUAUGAUGUUCGACAACCGGCGUAUCGUCAGCGCGGCGGGCGAGGACGUGGUCAAGGUGUACGACAAGACGGAGUCGAGACAGUGGGAUUGCGGCGCGGGUGUCGGGGGGGAGGACAGGGAUAGGGCGCCGGCCAUCGUCGAGCACGUCCGCAUCAAGGACGGCUACCUGGUCGAGGGGAGGCGCGACGGCAUCGUCGGCGCCUGGGCGUGCUAGACGAUGAUGAUGAUGACGAUGAUGACGAUGAGUCCUUUUCUGCCGCCGCCGCCGCUGUCGGUCACCAUUCCUACCUAACCUCAUUCGCUAUCCUCGCUCGCAUGUACCUAGGCGCGAACUCUAUAUGUACAUAUGUAUACCAUUGGGAAGAUAACGGACGCGCCCUCAACCCCCUCCCCCCCUGCGCGCGUCGAGGGAGCGGAGGAGCGGCGGCGACGACGACGACGACGACGACGCUUGUUGCUUGCCUGCUUGGUUGGUUGUUGCUGCCGCGUGAGUCUCGCGACCUCGAUC